AUGGCCUGCAAAUCCUGGCAUGUCGCCUCACCUGGUACCUUGACACUCAAGGAGCACGACAAAGUCCCCACACCAGGACCAAAAGAAGUCCUCGUCCGUAUCAAGGCUGCGGGGUUCAACUACCGCGACGUCCUAGUCGUGAACCAUGACCCAGCAUACCCUCUCACUCCAGAGCCAGACCUGGUACCCUGUUCCGACGGCGCCGGCACAGUCGAAGCAGUUGGCUCGGAAGUCUCGAGAUGGAAAGAAGGUGACAAUGUCAUCGUCUUUGCCAGUAAGUGGUACAAUGGGCCUGACUUGCAUGGAUUCAAGAUGGAGGAUGUGGCAGGCUCGGGGUACGAGCAAGGGACCUUGACGCAGUAUAUGGUGCGUGAUGAGGAGAGGUUGUUUCGUGCCCCGGAACACCUGAGUAUGGAAGAGGCCUCUACGCUGUUCACAGCUGGUGUGACGACUUAUCGUGCUCUAUUUCAUGGUCCGAAGCUGGUGGGUAAGGGGAUGACGGUUCUUACGCAGGGGACUGGUGGAGUGAGCUGUUAUGCUAUCCAGCUGGCCGCCGCUGCUGGGGCUACAGUGAUCGCCACUUCGUCGUCAGACGGGAAGCUCGACAUUGCUCGUAAACUAGGCGCAACUCACGUCGUCAACUACCGCAAUACGCCAAAUUGGUCGGAGCGUGUGCUGGAGCUCACGGGCGGCAAAGGCGUUGAUCUGACGGUUGAUGUGGUGGGCGCCGAGUCGAUUGAGCAGACGCUCAAGUCCACGAGCUUUGGGGGAGUCGUCGUGGUUGUGGGAUUGCUGUCUCAGGAGCCGAACUUCAAGGUCGACAUCAUGACCGACAUUCUUUAUGGAUCGAAGACUAUGGUCGGUCAGCUAGGAGCCGGCAGCAGAGACAUGGCAGAAGGGCUUGUGGAUUUCAUGGAGAAGCAUGACUUGAAGCCAGAGAUUGCAAAAACCUUCAAGUUCGAGGAGGCGGUCGAGGGGCUGCAGGCUGCAAGUAAAUUGACUGCGCCUGGGAAAGUGGUGAUCAAGGUAUAG